AUGCCGACGAGGGCAUCGCGACAAGGAACGUCAUCCCAGCCACAGCUAUUGUAUCGGCCCCCGAUGGACAACCGGCCUCGGUCUUGCUCCCCACGAGCCCCCUCUCCAGGAACGAAGGCAGGAGAUGAGACCAACAUCAUCCAUAAGCCCAACGUCGACAUGUCCUAUCAAAUAACCGACCUCACGCUCUGCGCUGUCCCAAACGGCUCGUCGAUCGUGACAGCAGUUGUCCGUUAUCCCGACUCAAAAUGGCCUCUCGACCCAGCGGCCGCCCUGAGUCCCAAGUUCCUUGGCGAAGAUGGCAAGGUCAUCCGCAUGACCCAGCUAUCGCCGGAUUCAUGGAUGCUGUUGGGAUACCGGUAUGAUGAUAGUGCGUCAGGCCCAUGUACUGGCAAAAGCUUGAAUGCGAACUGGAUGGGCGAUUCUCAUAGUCAUGCUGCGAAUCAUGAAACGACCUCCUUAGACGAUGAUUGGGAUGAAAAGAGCGAGAAGGGAGAGGGAGGCAUAGAAACAUACAGCAAACAAACGCGCAUACCGUGGCUAGAGUCGGAAGAAAUGCGUUUACUCUCAUUUAGGGAUACCCAGGGUAUGGAGUGGAAAGAGAUAUGUAAACGAUUCCCAGAUCGGACGCCGGGCGCAGUUAAAGUGCGCUACUACGGAUUGCAGAAGAAGUAUUCGUAG